GAAACGGGAAGGGGGUAUUGAAAGAGGUGCUGCAAGCUGCCACCGGUGAUUACUUCGGCGGCAUGUCCAAGGAUGCAGUGGUUACAGCCCCCGGCCAGAAAUCUUCCUCGAAGAACGCCCCUACCAACUACAUCUACGAGCUGAUGGGCGUGCGGCUUGCUGUCACCAAUGAGACGGCAGAAGGAGAACGGGUGGAUUUGGGGCUCGUCCUAGGAAUGACCGGGGGGGGUAAGGCAAAGGCGCGUUGUCUGUAUGAAAAUAACGUAGAGUUCACCAUCACUCAUACGCCCUUCGUCCAAACAAAUUACCCGCCCGCAAUGUCUGCAACCGCAGUCAAGGAGAACGUCCUGCACCGCCUGCGAGUGAUCCCGUUUCCCAACAGCUAUGUUGGCGCCGACACCUUCGAUCCCAAUAAUGCAACCCACCGCCUGCGAGACGACGGACUCAAAGAUCGCAUGAAGGAGGAGGAGUCUCUUCGGCAAGUACUCUCGUGGUUAGCCCGCGGUUCAGUUGAGUGGUAUACUAGUACCGACGGGCUUGGGCGUCCUCCUCAAGCGGUGCAGAGUGCGACGUGUGAAUACGUGAGCGAGGCGGACAAACUGCAGCUAUUUCUCGACCAGCAUUGUGUGUCCGGAGAAGGGCUUUCGAUCCUGCAGGCCGAAUUUGCCAACCUUUAUCGCGGGUUCUCCUCGGAGAGGAUUUCCAAUGAGGAGUUGGCAAGGAGGAUGGAAAAGAAGGGGUUCAAGAGGCUCAAGAAUAACGAGACACCGCGACAAUUGUACUAUCCAAAGAUUAAGUGCGAGUACACAUUCUGA